GUGGAUGGCAAAUAGUGGUAAUGGUCUUACUAAGGGUGGAAAUUUAAAGCAUGCAGAUUUAAACACAGAUGAUAUCUCUCAUGAUAUUAUUAUUCGGGCAUUUAAAAAAUAUGGUAUUUCUAAUUGUUUAUCGGAAAGUGAGGAUCAUUUAAUUUACAAGGAUGAUAGUAAGAAUUCAGACGAUGCUGAUGUGGUCGAAGAUUUGGGUAAAGAUACAGGCGAAGAUACAGGCAAAGGUUCAGACGAAAAUACUAACAAGGAAAAUGAUUUUAAUAAUUGGCCAGAAUGCUUUGUU